GGGGGGCUCACGCUGUGGCUCUCACGGCCAUGGCCACGGUGGUCACGCAACGCCGUGGUGCUUCCGGCCCCAGCCCCAAUUCCACCCUCCUUCCCUCCCGCACUCACUCCCCCGCACCCCGUUGCUUGCAACAUUCAGCGGGAACCUCGCUCUGUUUCUCUCGCUCUCUCUCUAGCUCGCUUUCGACGCCUGGAGCGCUGCUGUAGGCAUUCGUCUAGAGCGUGUAUUUUCUCUGGAAGAGGCUGUUGGUGUUGUUUGUAGAGGGGGACUGGAUCUGUGGUGCGAUAUGGCAUUGCGCGCUCUCUCUGCGUCAUGUGGUAGGCGUGCCCCGACGAUAGCUUGCGCGUUACGGAACAGUAGCCGGAGGUCCAAAAAUGUAGUGAAAGUGGCGAUUGCAUCCAGGGGUUUUACCUCGCAAUAUGGUGGGGAUUUCUCAUUUGUGAAGACGAGCUCGAGUAUUCAGGUGGGGCAGCAACGUGGAGUAUGGAUGAGUAAUCGUGGAAUGCAAGCGCAAGCGUCAGUUGCCGCCGUGGAGACUGCCGAAUCCCCCAAGCUCCAAACGGGAACAUGGACUUGGACAUACGAGGGCAACUCCUUGAACAUCAAUUACGUGGAACAGGGGUCAGAAGGAGAAGGGGCCGCUCAAGAGACGCUGCUGCUGCUGCCAUCUCUCUCGGAUGUAAGCACAACCGAGGAGUGGUACGACGUGGCAGAGGAGCUUGUGACGAACGCAGGGUCUUGCAAAAGACGAGCUGUAAUUGUGGACUGGCCUGGUUUGGGGCUUUCAGAUAGGCCUGCACUGGAAUACACAGUUGAUAUGUAUGAAAAGUUUUUGGUAGACUUCGUGACUGCUGCCAAUGGACCUCUAGCUGGCGUUCAAGGUGAGUCACUUGUAGUAAUUGGUGGAGGCCACGCCGCAAGCAUCUCUAUUCGUGCGGUCAGUAAAGGGUUGAUCAAUGCCAAAGCUAUGGCUGCUGUUGCUCCUACAUGGAGUGGUCCUUUGCCAAUUGUGUUUGGGCGCAGUGACACCAUGGAAUCAAGGUACGGUCUAGUGCGCGGCACUCUGAGAUCCCCAGGCGUUGGCUGGGCGAUAUACAAGUACUUUGUGAGCAGUCCCAAGAACAUUCGCAUGCAAUAUCUGAUCCACGUUUAUUCUGAUGCUGACAACGUGACACCGGCUAUGAUUGAGAGCCGAACUGCCUUGACGCAACGGGAUGGCGCUCGUUUUGCACCUGCAGCUUUCCUUACUGGUCUUCUAGACCCAGUCAUGACACGAGAGGAGUUUCUCGCCAUGUUUGCUGCACUGGAAGGAAAGGUUCCCGUGCUCGUCAUCUCCACCCUUAAAGCUCCUAAGCGAUCACGAGCUGAGAUGGAGGCUUUAGAGGGAGCCAAGGGUGUCACCAAGUUCGAGAAGAUGAAAGGAGCGUUGUUGCCUCAAGAGGAGUAUGCUGACGACGUCGCACGUUCGCUUGCCACAUUUUUGAGCGAAGUGUAGAUUGGAUUUAUUUUAUUUAUUUAACUUAUAGAAACAUGUUAACUAAUUGUGUAUAAUCUGUGAAGCAUCGAUAACACGUACAUUUCGCAUGAUCGAACUGGAAGCUCAUCCACA